UAGCUGCUGCUGGCAAAUGAGACACUCAUCUUUGUUGUUGUUCAGUGGAGUGCGUGUGUGUGUGUGUAGAUUUAGCGAAACUGAAUUGUGGCAGCGGGUGUUUGGUAUUGGCUAGAAGGAUGAAUGGAUGGAUGGACAGAUUUGUUAGCUGCUUGGCUGCUGUUUGCUUGGUGUGGUUGUUGGUAUGGUUUUUGGUUGGCUUGCUAUUUAGUUGACUAAAUUUACUGUGUGAGUACAUAUGUAUAUGAAUUUUCCGCAUUAUACACUGGUCCAUGUGGGCUAUAAGUACGUGCAAAAGUACACACUCAUACAUGUUCAAAUGGACACAUACAAAUCUAGAUAAAUCUGCAUUAUGUUAUAAAUAUUGAUUUUGCAAGUUUAAUGUUUUAGUUUAUCAACGAAUCUCAUCCACCGUGGAAGUGCGAAAGUGGUGAUCGCCGACGCGUUAAAUCGAGUAUUAACGGACGACGAGUGUGUGUGGGUGCGCGCGUGUGUUACGGUUAACUAGCCCACUGGCCAACAUUAUCCCUCUAGGGUGUUGCAGUGUAUAAUAUCUAGUUCGUUUGGCGGUCAAACCGUUGUUAAUCUAUUAAAAUGGAAGAUGAUGAGAAAAUGGACAUUAUGCGCAAGGCAUUCCAAAUGUUCGACACUCAAAAGAGCGGCUUCAUCGAAACACUGCGUCUGAAGACGAUUCUCAAUAGUAUGGGUCAAAUGUUCGAAGAGAGCGAAUUACAAGAACUGAUCGAUGAAAAUGAUCCUGAGGAUACCGGCAAAGUGAAUUUCGAUGGCUUUUGUAAUAUUGCAGCACAUUUUCUCGAAGAGGAAGACACCGAAGCCAUACAAAAGGAACUGAAAGAAGCUUUCCGAUUGUACGAUCGUGAGGGCAACGGUUACAUCACCACAUCGACUUUAAAGGAAAUUCUAGCGGCAUUGGAUGAUAAACUCUCUUCAAGUGAUUUGGAUGGCAUUAUAGCGGAAAUCGACACAGAUGGUUCGGGCACGGUAGAUUUUGAUGAAUUCAUGGAGAUGAUGACUGGAGAUUAAGUUUUUUUUGAUACACCUACAAGUACCUACAUACACAUACAUGCAUACAUCCAUAGAAAUAUGCAUACUAUUACACGCGUAUCUGGCUUCUAGCAUCUAAAAUUAAUUGAAAAUAGUCUACGCAUAUGUUGGGCAAUUUAAA